AUGGCUCCUCCGACGUUCUUGGCGAUAGAGAAGGCGAAGGAGGCGCGUGUGCCUCCUGCGCCUGGAAAGCCGCAGAGUGUCACAGUGCCAGGCACGGAAAAGCCCGGCUAUAGCCCCAUAUACCGUCAUCACAGAUUCACAAAUGGUUUGCUGACGACCUUUGACCCUGCGAUUGUGAAUAUGCACGAUGCAUUCGAGAAUGCCGCGAAUCGUGUUCCGCGCAGCAGAUGCCUCGGCAGCAGAGCGUGGGAUCCCGUCAAGAAGGUUUUCGGGCCAUACACCUGGGAGACUUAUCAAACAGUUCAGAAAAGACGGCGUGAUUUCGGAUCCGGCUUGGUCGACCUCCUCGCUGCAGAAGGACAUGUUGGCGAGAAGUUUGGAAUCGGGCUGUGGUGUCAGAAUCGACCAGAAUGGCAAAUAACAGAUCUUGCGGCGUUGUCUCAGAAUCUCUUCACUGUGUCCCUCUACGACACCCUUGGUCCCGACACGACCGAGUACAUCAUCAACCAUGCACAGCUCCCGCUAGUCGCCACAUCCGUAAACCAUAUCACAGCUCUUCUCAAACUAAAGCCGCGGUUACCAACGCUGAAAAUCAUUGUAUCGCUCGAUGUGCUCAGCUCUGGCGAGCUUCCCGGAGAGUCGAAACUGGAUGUUCUGAACUCAAUGGCCAGUGAGCUGGGCGUCAAGAUCUUCGACAUCAAGCAAGUCGAGGCGCUCGGAGAGAAGAACCCUAAGCCAUACAGGAUCCCGUCGCCUGAGGACCCUGUAACCAUCAAUUACACAUCUGGAACCACCGGAAACCCCAAGGGCGUGCUUCUCACCCACAAAGCAGCUGUUGCAGCCACGUGCUCGAGUUUCAUGGUCACCCAGUCCGGCAACGAUGACAUUAUAUGCUCAUUUCUGCCCCUGGCCCAUAUCUACCAGCGACUUGGUGAGAACACAGCACUCUGGGGAGGUGCGGCAAUCGGCUACUUCCAUGGCAACAUCGUCGAGCUCGUUGACGAUCUCAAACUCCUCCGCCCAACCGCUUUCUCCGGCGUGCCUCGUCUCUUUAACCGCUUCGGUGGUGCGAUCAAAGAGGCCACCAUCGAAGCUCCCGGCUUCCGCGGCAAGUUGUCCCGUCGAGCCAUUGACACCAAGCUCGCCAGCAUGGCGCGCAAAGACAAGCCCACCAACAAACACUUCCUGUACGACCGCAUCUGGUCGAAGAAAGUCUCUGCUGCCCUUGGCCUCGAGCGCUGCCACACGGUCGUCUCUGGCUCUGCACCCAUCGACCCAUCUCUUCAACAACUGCUUCGCGCCGUCUUCGCCAACAACUUCGUACAAGGCUACGGCCUAACGGAAUCCUAUGCCGUCUCGCUCGUCCAGAUGGAAGGCGAUUACACAGCCUCAAACUGCGGCUGCGUGAUGCCGACGAUCGAGGCGCGCCUGCGCGACGUGCCCGACAUGGAGUACCUCUCGACCGACAAGCCGCACGCGCGCGGCGAGCUCCUCCUCCGCGGCACCUCGCUCUUCACCGAGUACUACAAGAACCCAGAGGAAACGGCCAAGGCCGUCGACGCAGACGGCUGGUUCCACACCGGCGACAUCUGCGCCGUCGACGAGAUCGGCCGCUUCCGCAUCAUCGACCGCGUCAAGAACGUGCUCAAGCUCGCCCAGGGCGAGUACAUCUCUCCCGAGCGCAUCGAGAACGUCUACCUCGCAAACUGCUCCUGGCUGGCUACCGCGUACGUCCACGGCGACAGCCACCAGGCCUUCCUCGUCGCCAUCUUCGGCAUCAUGCCGGAGAGCUUCGCCGCCUUUGCAGGCAAGGUGCUCGGCACCACAAUCGACCCGACGGACAUUGCCGCGCUCAAGGAAGCCGCGCUCAACAAGAAAGUAGAACGGGCCGCGCACGCUGAACUCGAACAAGUAGCGCGCAAGAAUAAAUUCAACAGCUGGGAGCGCGUUAAAGGCCUGAGGAUGUUUGUCGAGCCCUUUACGGUCGAGAAUCAGCUGUUGACGCCGACGCUCAAACUCAAGCGUCCCCAAACGGCAAAAAUGUACCGCGACACGCUCGAUCAGCUCUAUGAAGAGGCGCUUGCUGAGGAGGCGGCUAGUAAGCCCAAGGCUAGGCUGUAG